UGAGUUUGCAUACAGUAGUUAGCUACUACCGUCCAGCUGGUAGUGACACUGUCAAGACACUAUCGUCAUGCACAGUUACUGAAAAUCUUCGUCAUGAUGCUGUAGCUAUUUGUGUUCAUCUAGACCCUGUGUUUAAAAUGAUUAAACAAUUUGUCCCUGAUUUAAAGUUUGCCCACUUUCUGAGUGACAGCCCAUCAACCCAAUACCGUAACCGUAAUAUGUUUUUCUUAAUUGGGACCUAUUUGGCAAAACAGCUAGGUGUUGAUCGAUUGAUGUGGCAUUAUUCAGAAAGUGGGCAUGGUAAAGGUGCUCCUGACGGGGUGGGAGGGUGCUUGAAAAGGACAGCAGAUAGCCUGGUCAACCAGUCUAAAGACAUAACCAACUGUCAGAGCUUUAUCGACAAUUUGGAGCAGCAUUGCCCAAAUAUAAAACUGAUGAAAAUUGAUGUGGAGCAAAUGGAUGUCAUUGACAAGAUAAUUCCAGAUAAACAAACUUUCCCCCCUGUGAAAGGAACCAUGAGCAUUCACCAGAUCACUUGGUUCAAACAAGAAGCGCAAGUACUUCAGGCAAGGAAGUUGUCUUGUCUGAAAAAACAUUGCAAAAACCAGAAAUGUAAACACUAUCAUGUUGCCACUGUGCACAUUCCAAAAGAAUCAUCCAAAAAAACAAGUGAUCCAAAAAAACCAAGGAAACAGCUGCACUACAAAGAUGUAUACACUUCUGAUGAAAUGAGUGACGAGGAACCCCCUACCCUGGGUGAUGACCUUCCUACCAUAGGGAAAAAUGACAUUGUCAUUGGUGACUGGGUGGCAGUCGUUUAUGAUGACUUGUGGUACCCAGGCAUAAUUGAGCGUAAGAUGGACGAAAAUGUGGAAAUAACAUUCAUGAAAAGAAAUGGAAAAGUUCUGCAUUGGCCUUCCACACCAGAUAAGCAAACAGUGGCCAUCCACACCAUUUUGUGCAAAAUACUUGAACCGCCACUGCCUACUUCUAGUAGGCAAUUUAAGCUACCAUCUCAGGAAUUUCAAAGAAUUGAUCAAACCUUUAACAAUGUUUUUUAGUUACAAAAUUAACUAGUAUUUUUA